ACGCCUAACGUUAUAUAGAAUGUUGUUUUGUCCCGCGUAUAUUACGCUACCUAAUCGAGCUCCAGAAAUAGAUUCCAUCCAAAUCGCAAAUAAUCAACCACCAUAUCAUCGACAUGACUUAUCGUUUUCUAUAAAAGCAUAAGGCUUUAUUCGAUUUUUCUGCCACUGAUUAUCUCAACUGAAGCUUUUCUUUGAAGCUGAAGUAUACUUAUCAACGAACGAAUUUCAAGAUAUCAAUUGCUUCUGUCGUUCUUGAUAAUAUCGACUUUUUGGUGUAUCUCUAAUUGAAAGUCACCAUGAUCAAUUUGAAACCCUAAAUUAGCAAUCGGCUGCCAUUGUUGAUGAGGGGCUUUUCAGUCUUUUCAGAUAGCAGGAAAAUACGAACCAAACGCCUCUACAAAAAUGGAUGUUGAGUUACCAGUUGAUAAGUUAAUGUUAGUGCCCAUUGAGGAAAAUGCUUCAUCACAUUCCAACACAAAGGGAAAAAUCCAUGUAGUUUUGGUAUCCACAGGAAGCUUCAAUCCUCCUACAUUCAUGCAUUUACGCCUUUUUGAAUUGGCAAGAGAUGCUCUUAACGCAAAAGGAUUCAAUGUGGUUGGAGGUUAUAUGUCGCCUGUAAACGAUGCAUACAAAAAAAAGGGUCUCAUACCAUCUGAACACCGUAUUACAAUGUGCCAAUUAGUUAGCAAAAGUUCUGAUUUUGUAAUGGUGGAUGCAUGGGAGGCAAAACAAACUUCAUUUCAACGCUCAUUGACUGUGUUGUCAAGAAUCAGAAGCUUCUUUUCUGAUAAUGGACUCAUACCUAAUGCAUCUUUAAAGGUGAUGCUUGUUUGUGGCUCUGAUCUGCUAGAAUCAUUUGGCAUUCCUGGAGCUUGGAUACCUGACCAGGUGAGGAGUAUAUGCAGAGAUUAUGGUGUUGUUUGUAUCCGUAGAGAAGGUCAAGACAUUGAGAAAAUCAUCUCACACAUAGACAUUUUGACAGAAUACAGGAAUAACAUCCAAGUGGUUGAUGAAAUAGUUCCAAACCGUAUUAGCUCAACUUUAGUAAGAGAUUGCAUUUUGCGGGGUUUGUCAGUGAAGUAUUUGACAUCAGAUGAAGUUAUUGAUUACAUCAAACGAAACCAGCUCUACACAAACCAACAACAAAACGUGUAGCACAUGGUAUUAUUACCUGGUUACAUGGCAUUUAUAGACUAAUUUUUUAAUGGAAUUGUUGUACAUGUUAAUAAUACUAUUAUAACUGUUUUUGAAUUAUUGACAAAAAAUUAAAAUUUGGGAAUGAACUUUGUGUUGACAAAAAAUUAAAAUUUGGGAAUGAA